UUUUAAGGUCAGGCUUGACAAAGCCCUGGCUGGGAUGAUUUAACUGGGAUUUGGUCCUGCUUCGAGCAGGGGGUUGGACUAGAUGACCUUCUGGGGUCCCUUCCAACCCUUAUAUUCUAUGAUUCUAUGAUGCUUUGUCUCCUCUGGUAUUUCCUUCCCCACCUUCCUGUGAGAAGACUCUAUGGAUAACAGGGAAGCUUUUGCCCCCUGAGAUGCUUAUGAACUGAGUGGGGAAAACACUGAUUUGUUUAUUUGAUUGGUGCCUAUUUAACUCAAAUGCCCGAGGAGUGGUUAGGAGCAAAACUAUCUGGGUUAAACCCUGCAAUUAAACAAUAACAAUGACUAAUAACUCCCUAGCUUUUAUCUAGUGCUCUUCAUCCCAAUUAACAUGGCACUCAUUAAUGGAUGAAAAUCGGGUUACGUGAUAGUUCUCAAAGUGUAAGUGGAGACUCAUCAUCAAGCAGGUCUGUUUCUAGUGGAGUCCAGCCGGGAUCUGCUCUUGGCCCUGCUAUGCUACUUAACAUUGUUAUUAACGAUAUGGAAGAAAAGAAAACAAAACCAUCCCUGAUAAAGUUUGACCGCCGCACAGAAAUUGGGGGAAUGCGAGGGGGAUUGAUCACUGGAACAACUUACCCAGAGUCGUGGUGGCUUCUCCAUCGUGGACAAGUUUACAGUCAGGACUGGAUGUGUUUCUAAAGGCUCUGCUCUGGGAAUUAUUGUGGGGCACAUUCUCUGGCCUGUGUUAGCCAGGAGGCCACACCAGAUGACCACAACGGUCCCUUCUGGCCUUGUGAUCUAUGACUCAGGAGCUCUCCAAGCACUUCACAUAGGAUCACCAGCCCUCUUUUACAGAUGGGGACAUUGUAAAUUAGAGGCGGAGGGAGCUCCCGGUCUGCAUUUCUGAGACCUCCCAGUGACUCCCGGCAAAACCAGAGGGGCCCAGAUCUGCUGCACUAUGGUGAUUACCAGCAUACACACCCUUGCUCCUUGCUUGCCAGGUUGCUGACCAGCUAUCUCUGCUUCCCAUGCGGGGCUGGCACCAUGAGGAAGAGAUGGAGGGGAGCGUGGCUCCUGCUGCUGGCACUGAAGACCUUUGGGUUUCAGGAAGGUGACCCAGAGGAACCCACAGGGCUGGAGUGUUACCAGGUGGGCCCCAGAGGGGGCAUGAAUUGCACAUGGCCCAGCAGGUCCGGCUCUGAGGCUAUCACCACCUACACCCUCCACUACCAGAGCCUGAAGUUCAAACGCAACCAGACGCAGAGUUCCCAGGCCCCCGCCGGACAGAGCUGGGUGGUGAUUGGAAGAAGCAACCUGACACGCAAUGAGAACUAUGCCGUCUGGGUGGAGGCUGGUGACGGGACCCAGAUCACACCAAGGCUAACUCUGACCCUGCACGAAAUAGUGAAGCCGGAUCCCCCUGUACUGAGCCUAGAGGAUGUGACCCCUGUGGUCACCAUGAGCUGGACAAACCCCCAGUGGCCUGAGCAUUUCUCCCGGGAUCUGGCCUGCCACCUUCGCUACCGGGUAUCUGGGACCGCCAACUGGACCAGGGUUCAUGAGGGGGAUGUUGAGCCCAACCACUACGAGUUCUCCAGCCUGGAGCCUUUCACGGCCUACGAGGUGCAGGCCCGCUGCAUCCCUGAGGACGGGAAGGGCUUCUGGAGCGACUGGAGCCCGUCCCAGACCUUCCAGACUCCCGAGGCUGCCCCGCUGGGCCUGGUGGACGUGUGGCAAGUGGCCAGCCCUGCUGAGUCCGGAGAGCCCAGCCUGCUGCUGCUGUGGAAGCCGCUCAAUUCCGAAGCAGCCAGGGGAGUCAUUCGCAGCUACAGCCUGGCCUUCCGGACGGGCAGCAACGGUGCCGAGAGCCCCCUGGAGUCCCCCUGCUGCAACGCGAGCCUCCCCGCCAGAACCACCCACGUCUGGAUCUCGGCAAACAACCACGUCGGGCGGACGCAGCCUGCCAACCUCAGCUUGGAGCGGCAGGAUCUACCUGCCCCGGCAGGGGUCCAGGCUGUGGCCAUGCAUGGGCAGGAUCUCCGCGUUACCUGGGAGCCCAGCAAGGACCCACUGGAAGGGGAGCCCACGGAGUACCUGGUGGAGUGGGCCAAGGAGUGCAGCAGCUCAAAGGCGGCAUCCCUGGGCUGGGUGCGCAGGGCAGCGGGUGUUCACAGUGCCCUGCUGACAGGUGACUUCAGGCCACGGGUGCCGUAUCAGGUCCGCGUGUACGGGCUGUACCCCGGGGGCUUUGGUGCAUCGGCCCCUGUCCGAGCCUACACCCAGGAAGGAGUGCCGUCGGCAGGGCCCCAGGGCCUGCAGGAUCGUAGCAUCUCCAAGGAGGUGUCUGUCAUCUCCUGGGAGGCGAUCCCCCUGGCGCAGCGCAAUGGGCACAUCACCCACUACACCCUCUACCUCGCCGUGCCCACGGGGAGCCCACAGACCUACCAGCCCAUCGCUGCUACAGAGACAAGCUACAACCUCUCAGGCCUGGAGCCUGGCACCUCCUACCAGCUCUGGAUGACGGGCUCCACCUCGGCUGGGGAAGGAAACGCCAGCUCCAUCCACCUCUUCCACACCCCAGAUUCCCGCUGGGAGGCUGUCCUGGCUUCCCUCCUGGCGGUGGGAUUCCUCCUCUUCCUGGCCUGUGUCCUGGGAGCUGUCCUGCAUGUGCAGCUGCUGGACCUGUGCCACAAGGUGCUGCCCAGCUGGUGCUGGGAGAAGAUCCCAGAUGCCACCCACAGCAGGAUUAUGCUGCAUGAGGUGAACAGGGAUCCCCACAGCUACAGGGGGCCUUUGGUGCGGAACCUGGACGCGGAGGAGACCCCCAUCACCGAGCUUGAUAUCGGGGAACCAGCGGAGAACGUGAACCAGGGCUACUCAACUCUGCCCCAGCUGGAGUCUCCUCUGCCUGCCCUGCCCCACAGCGGGGGGGCUGACGACUGGACCGGGAGCAAGCCCAGGACAGAGGAGCUGGUGCCAAGCAGCCCCACCCUGGAGGAGACGUGGGGAGACAAAGCCCCGGUCAUUUCUGGCUACGAGAAACAUUUCAUGCCCACCCCGGAGGAGGUGCUGGGACUGGCCUGAGGGAUGCGGCUGGGCGAAACCACCAGCGCCACACAGCACUGCCCUAGGCACUGGGGGGCCCCAGCCAGGAGUGCCUGGCUCGAGGGGCCAAAGACUGGGACAUGGGCUCUUUCCCUGUAGGGGGCGCUGGCUGCAAGCUCAGGUUGGGGCGCUCUUUGGGGCAGGGAAUGGGACACAGAGAUUUUCCCCUGUUAGUGGUGCAGGCUCUGAUCCAGCCUUAAUUCUGCAGCGACCGAAUUGCCCCUGCCUGGUGGACUGAGUUUGCUGGUAUACUGCGUCCCUCCUAGACAACCUUCCCGACAGGCUGCCUUAGCAGACACGCCAAAGACCGAAUGGCCCAUGGAGACAGAGUUCCUCUCCGGACUCCCAGCCCCCUCUGCUCUAACCACUACGCACGCUACUCCUCUCCUGGAGCUGCGGAUAGAACUCAGGAGUCCUGACUCCCAGCCAGGGGCGGCUCUAGCAAGUUCCCCCCUGGCCCCCCAAGCAGUCGCCGUGGGACACGGACUGCCGCCCCAUUCUAAUUGCCGCCCCGAGCACCAGCUUCGAGAGCUGGUGCCUGGAGCCAGCCCCUGCUCCCAGCCCCCUCCUCCCAGAGCCUGUGACAGACCCAGACUCUGCCCCUCUAAUUGUCAGCAGCCCGUCACCCUGGUAUCAGGCCCCCCGCAGGUUCCCUCCUCCACAGGCCAGCUUUCUCCCCACUCUCGAGCCCCGCUCGAGCUCGGAGCUGCACACCAUGCAGUUGUAUGGCAUUUUUUUUUACUUGUACACGUUUUUUUAACCUUC